AUGAAGACCUUAAUCAGGAGACAAUUCAAGACCUCAAGGUGUAACAAACUUAAAGCUCGAACGAAAGAGAAACAGUGGACAGUGGCUCUCUCCGACAUAGCCGACUGGCCAAGAAUUGAAGCCGUUGCUGAGUUUAGACUACGUACCGGGCACGAUUGCUUGGCAAAGCACCUUCACAGUUUAGGAGUACACAUUCAACCAACAUGCCCCCUAUGUGACCUACAGAAGGAAAUGGAGAUGAGCCAUUUGAUUCGGUGUCCAACCCUAAAGACAACGACGGAAACCCAGUGA